GCAAAUUAUCGCAGUACUGUGGAAUAUGAUUCAACUACAAUUCCCCCAAUGAGAGGAAUCCGCUUCAUUUGCCUCAUUAAACCGGAAGAGGCCAAAUGUGUGCUCCUAAACGGUGCUAGUAUCGCUAAGCAACCGUUGCCAAUGGAUGAAUGGCGAAGCUAGGAGAUUGAUUCGACUACUUACCCGAUACGCUUUGCGGCUGGCAUGUUUCGACGAAUCCAUUCCAGGAAGUGUUUUGCUAUACCAGCAUUUUGCUAGCUCGUCUCCUGCUGAAUUGAUUUUCAAGGGCGAACACACUCAGAUCAAGAUUUAUGACAACAAGAUACAGAUUAUAGGAGGACGAAAAUAUGAUGGCAUCCGAAGAAUCCAGUGGUGAACCAGUGUGCCUCGUGUGCUUGGAGACACACGACACCUUAAAGGUUGUGCCUGUGUGCAAGCAUGUAUUCUGCCGUAGAUGUCUGUCGAAGCACCUUGAGAAGCAGGGACCAUCGAGUGAGAGCUUUCCGUGCCCUACGUGCCAUGUCCAGUCUACAUUGACAGAGGAAGGGAUAGAUGGAUUGAUGGACUAUGACGUUGAUAGAGAAGAUGUUUUGGGUAAGGAAAGGCAAGGCGUUCGAGCGAUGAAAAAGGAUGCGGGUUUGAAGGACAAAAUUGAUAAAUGUGAAAGUUGCCGCUUUACCUUGGGUUCGAGUGUUCCUGCUGAAACACUUUGCGAUGAGUGUGAACACUUGUACCUCUGUGUCGACUGUACAAAGAUACAUGCUAAUAAUCCAGUCACCUCACGCCAUGUGGUCAGCUCACUCAAAUCUCUUAAGAGAAAGGCCGAGGCUGUCUGUAAGAAACACAAAAGACAGCCUGCCAGCUUUUGCUCUACCUGUUCGAAGCCCUGCUGUCAUUUGUGUAUCUUAUUUGAUCACGGCGACCAUGACGUCAAAUCGAUUGGAGAUGCAUUCCGCUCCCUUGUUGAGGACCUGAAGAACGUUACAGAAGGGCAGGAAAAACGAUCGACCAACCCAAGGAAAUGUGAGGGGCAGUUGAAGGUGCUAAAUGCGUCUGAGGUAUCGAGAAAGAAGGACAUCCUUGUUCAAGAGAUUGAAAAUCACGCGGAAAGGAGUAUUGAACAAAUCAUACAACAGAAAGAUGCACUGAAGGAACAGGUCCUUACGAAAUAUAAGGCUGUAACGGAAGUGUUGGAGUGGAUGAAUAAGUUGCCGGGGUUGCCGCUGUUAGACAAAAUUGUUCCCAAAACACAGAAAUUGUUGUCAGAAGCUGGCCCACACCCUGAUGAUUUGCGGCUGUUGUCGGUGAUGCUAAGACAGGUCACUGAGGUCAGCAUUGAUGACGACAUUGAGGCUUGUUUGGAUGGCUACUGGGAAGCUUACAGGAGUUUGUUUCAGAGUCCUAUGUGCUUUGUGCCAACCAAUAAGAGUUACAGCAUAGGAGAUAUGACUGUCAGGGAAAGAAAGUGUAAUCUUGAGAAUGCAGCAUUGGUCUGCGAAAAGACACUCGAAGUUGACAAUGAUGCCAAGUUUAUACCCUGUGUUGCCAACCUUGGUAUUGACUUCUACGCUGUUGCUCACCCAAUCCUCCAUGGUGAGGCUUCAAAUGGAAUCGAUGUUUUCAAGUUUCCUGGUGAACUCCAACGGACCAUCACAGAUCAUGUUCCCCCAUUUUACGACAUGGUUGCAACUCCUGCUGGCGAAAUCGCUGUACUGUCUGACGGAGCAAAGGAAAGGUCGUGUGCAGUGUGGAUCUUCGAUCCAGAGCAGGGCUACACCAGGACGACAACAGAUUUUGCUGUCGGUGGUCCACUCUCAUUUGACAUCAGUCCCAUUAACCAGUAUGCCAUUCUAAGCGGUGAUGGACGGAAGAGGGUCAUCACUCUCUUCAACGAGGACGGGUCCGUGGAGCUCACACACUUGGUUGUAGAAGCAGAUGGUGUCAAGGAAGCAAGACGGAUCAGUUGCAGUGCCAGCUUCAUCUACCUGAUUGGGAAGGGGGGUGCCAUUGAGGUAUAUAAGAAGGAGGACAAAAAGUUAGUUUUGGUCGAUGUAAAUAAACAAUACACCUUUAAUUACGGGGACAUAUCAGCUAGUUUGUUUGCCGGAGUCACGGUGUGUUUUAAUUGUACUGCUACAGUUAUCGACUUGUUUAGAUUCGCACAGGGCUACCAACCAUAUAAGCUGGUGUAUGCUGGUUGCAAAGAAAUUUUUUCGGCACAAAGUGGAACAGACCUGGAAUCGCGUGUGUCUGUAAGUGACGAGUACAUUGUGUGGUCGCGUGGUAAUAGGAUCAUGGUGUUCAAGGAAUCGUAGAUUCGUGAGCCAGACCAGGGUGCCCAAUCAGCUGAGCGUGCUGACUACUCUCCCGGUCUUCGGUCCAAUGUCGAAUUUGUUUCCAUUGUUGAAAGGUGACCGAUGAACCAACUACGGCAGUGUCAGUAAAUUGAGUUGGACUUGGCAACGAUGAUUACCAUUGACGACGCUUGGACAAUGCGUGCUGAUGAGUGUGCGUGUGUUUGGGGGGGGGGGGGAAGGGGACAUUUCAGGUCGAUCGGCCCGACGUAUUCUCGGACUGAUUGUGAGGGAUGUCAUGCACUUCUUUUACACCCCUCGAGUUCACCAGUCACAAAAUAGAUCGAAUAGAGCCAUUGUACCGGAAAUGUAUUCCCCACCCGAUACGGUCAACCGAUUUGGCAUCUUCAUGAUGUGACGGAUCCAUGGUUCGGCUAUGUGUCCACUCUCCCACUUGAUUCUCGUUGGUCUAUUGUAUAUGGGGAAUCUCAUUCUAUGAUUUAAACAUGGUACGAACGCACAUCAGUGUGUGUAGAAAAAGUAAUCGGAGUUAAAGGUUGGUGCUGUGUCCUGGCACAUCUACAUUGUAUAUCUGUCUAUUUAGUAGUGGCUUAGUGUAGGAAACAUCUUCAUCCCGGGGCCGAGAAUGUAGCUACAUUUCAUAGUGGGGAAAGGACUUGACUGUGCUACCUAUACGACCCUCUGGUGUAAUAGAAAUGCAACGCCACCUAUACUUGGACGGCAGUUUUUGGUUGAACGAAUAACUGACUUUUCCUUGCUUGAUAUCCUGGCAUGAAAGGGGCAUCAUGACCCUCAAUGUAUUGACAUUGCUCGACUUCCAGAUAACGUAUGGGCGGAGGCUACGGCCGCAAUACUGCUGGAAGUUCAGUAUGGAGAGGAGUCGCUCCUUGAAGUUCUACCGGGUAACUAUCCAUGAAAUAUCUUCUCCGGAAAUUCUUGAAUUAAUAACACAAGAAGGACUUAUGUACAAUCAUAAUUGAUAAACUUUAUUUUAAAUGAUAUUCACGCACAAAUGUAUACUGUUGAUUAAUAAUCCGUCAUGGUCCAUGUAGAAACAUGUGGUAGAUGGAGCCCAAAUCUAAUUUUUAGGAUGUUUCGGUGUAUCGUUUCUGAGUGUUUCCCCUCGUUGUUUUGAUAGCUGAAAUACAGAUUGGCACAGUUUCUCUCUUUUCUAUUGAGAGGUCAUCUCUCAGCAGUCUAUUGUAUACGAAAACACAGCUUCACUGAAAUAUGAGAAACAACCAAAAUAGUCA